AUGUCUCACAACGUACUCAUAACUGGUGGUUCUGGUUACCUUGGUGGAACUCUUCUCGCCCGCUGGGGCACCGCCAAUCUGCCGGCAUACGGAAAGUUGUACGCCUUGGUGCGCACCGACGACCAGGCCAAUGCCGUCAAGCAGUAUGGUGCUGAGCCUCUGUCGUUCAACCCAACCGAAGAGGCCGCAGUGCAAGCCGCUGUGGUCGGGAACGCCAUCACUGUCGUAUACUACCUGAUCGACGCGAUGUUCUCAGAGGCCCAGGUGCACUUCAUCAAAGCCCUGGCUGAAGUGAAGAAGAGAACCGGUCAUGAGGUUCAUCUGCUGCAUACUAGCGGAGCCAAAGUCUUCUCGAAUCAUGCUGGCGCUCCCACCGACAGGACCCUUCUUGACACUGAUCCCAAGCUAUACGACAUUCAGAAGUCCCAGAAAGCCGGCUUCGAGUUGAUGCAAGAAGCAGUUCAUACGAAUAGCGUUGUGAUCGAGGAAGCAGGAAAGCAUGGUGUUCGAAGCUACAUAUUCGUACCGUGUAUCGUGUACGGAAAAGGCGAAGGUUUCGGCAAUCCCAUCUCGAUCCAGACGGUCGCAAUAGUCCGUGCAGCCAAAUCGAUGGGGCGCAUGUACCGUUUUGAUGCCGAUCGACCAACCUGGCCCGUCUGCCAUGUCGUUGACAACACCAUCAUGUACCUAGACCUGAUGCGAAAGAUACUAGCGGACGAGGACCCUGGCUAUGGCAAGAACGGCUACUAUCUUGCUUCUUCAGGAAGCGUCGCCUGGGAUGACCUGUAUCUCGCAAUGGCAUCAGCCCUAACCAAGCGCAACAUCAUUGCAGACGACUCCGUUCUGUUGGCCAAUGACCAGAUCCUCGAAACCCUCGCUUCGGUAUUUGGUGUUCCGAAGGAACUGGUGCCGGUUACCCUGGGAGGAAGCUGUGAAUUCACUGCAGAUCGUGGGAACAAGGAGCUUGGCUGGAAGCCUCUCUACAAGCCGGAACAUAUCCUUGAGACUUCUGACGCUGAAGUUGAGCUCAUUCUUCAGAAUCUUGAGGACUAA